AUGAUUGUCAUACGUGCAGAGGACAAAAGUAGAGCCAAAGUAGGAAAAGCUAUAAAACUGUGAAAUUGUCACUAAAAGUGAGAACAUAGAUUAUUAAUUAUAAUAGAUGAUAUCAUAGCGAAGUGAGAUCAUGAAGGAAGCUGCAAUGGAAGAAAGUUCAAAUAAUUGGGGAUGGACAAAAACAAGGGUAAAAUUAAUGGUGGAGAUGAAGAAAAUGAGUAAUAUAGCGGGACCAAUGGUGGCCACGAGUGUGCUACAAUAUCUUCUACAAGUAGUAUCAAUGAUGAUGGUUGGACAUCUUAAUCAACUUUCACUUUCAAGUGUUGCUAUUGCUACAUCUCUCACCAAUGUUUCUGGGUUCAGUAUUUUAUCAGGCAUGGCCGGUGGAUUAGAAACUUUAUGCGGGCAAGCUUAUGGAGCAGAACAAUUUGAAAAAUUUGGAAUAUAUACAUACACUGCCAUAAUAUCCCUCACUAUGGUUUGUGCCCCAAUAACUAUUAUAUGGUUUUUCUUUGAUAAAAUAUUAAUUCUAAUAGGCCAAGACACCACAAUCUCUCAUGAAGCUCGUACAUAUGCACUUUGGUUAAUACCUGCUCUAUUUGCCUCAGCAAUUCUUAAACCUCUCACACGUUUUUUCCAAACUCAAAGUUUAAUUUCUCCAAUGAUUAUUAGCUCCUUUAUGGUUUUAUGCUUCCAUGGAGUAACAUGUUGGACAUUGGUAUUUAAAUUGGGGUUAGGACAUAUUGGUGCUGCAAUUUCGUUUAGUUUAGGAGCUUGGUUGAAUGUGAUGUUGCUUUUGUCCUUUGUGAAGUAUUCCUCUGCUUGUGACAAAACACGUGUACCUUUUUCUAAGAAGGCUUUUCUUGGUAUUAGAGAAUUCUUUGGCCUUGCUGUUCCUUCAGCAGCUAUGGUUUGUCUUAAAUGGUGGGCAUGUGAGUUGCUUGUUUUGCUAGCUGGACUUUUUCCAAAUCCGAAGUUGGAGACAUCAGUUUUGUCUAUAUGCUUGACAAUCUCUACAUUGCACUUCACAAUAUCCUAUGGACUUGGGGCUGCUGCUAGCACAAGAGUUUCAAAUGAAUUAGGAGCUGGGAAUCCAAAAACAAUUCGUUUUUCUGUUUGUACGGCAAUGUUCCUUGCAAUCACAGAGGCUGCCAUUAUAACUACAAUUUUGUUAGGUUGCAGAAAUGUCUUUGGUUAUGCAUAUACCAAUGAUAGUGUGGUUGUUCAUUAUGUGGCUGUUAUGACUCCUUUGUUAUGCGCAUCCAUUUUUACAGAUAGCUUGCAAGCAGUUCUUUCAGGGGUUGCUAGAGGAAGUGGGUGGCAACAUAUUGGAGCGUAUGUGAAUCUUGGAGCAUUUUAUGUAAUUGGAGUACCUGUUGGUAUAGUAUUGGGCUUCAUUUCACAUUUCAGAUCAAAAGGCCUUUGGGUUGGAAUCGUUGUUGGAUCCAUUUUCCAAACACUUUUCCUUUUCAUCAUUACUGCUCUUACAAAUUGGAAAAAACAGGCAAUGAUGGCAAGAGGGAGAAUAUUUGAUGCCACUUAUUCGGAUGAAAGUGUAACAAAUCACAUGACCAAUGGAUAAAGUUAUUGUCGAACACUUAAUUAAAUUCUCAGUCCAAAGACUCUAAAUCACAAUUAAGCCAUGUUGGACUACUCGAUCAUAAAUUAUAUUAGGGCAUUUUCCAUCAUUUUAAUUGAUUAAUGAGAAGAAAUCAAGAAGAAAGAAAAUAUGAACAGAUAGAGAGGGAAAACAUUCUGAAUAAUACUUCUCUUAUUUUUAUAUUGAUCGAAUUA